CACUCAUCACUUCCACUUAUGUGCACACAUUGCCGUGCCGUGCGGUGCGUGAAAGGCACGGGGCCGCCGGCCGGACUCUUCUGACUUGGCAACCGCCGCGCAGCGCGACGAGCGCCACCUGCUUGCUGCCGCGUGCCUGCGUGCGUGUGCGUCCACCACUGACCCCGCGCCCGCCCGCCGCCCCUGCCCCUCCACUCCACUUGCUCACUCGUCGGCUCGUCGCGGCCCGCUUCCCCCCCGGCCAAGGGAUGGACGCGCUUCGCCUACGGCCGUCCCUCCUCCCCGUGCGGCCCGGCGCGGCCCGCCCGCGAGAUCAUUUUCUACCACCAUGUUGUUCCAUACAACGAAAUGGUGAAGGACGAAUUUGCUUUUCUAGCCAAAGGACCCAAGGUCCUACCUUGCAUCACCAUCAGAAAUUCUUCGAAUGGAAAUCCUCCUAUUGUAGGAUAUCACAUCGGUCAUUAAAUACUUCUGUUAAUGCUUCGGGGCAACAGCUGCAGUCUGAACCUGAAACACAUGAUUCUACAACCAUCUGGAGGGCAAUAUCAUCUUCUCUAGAUGCAUUUUACAGAUUUUCCCGGCCACAUACUGUCAUAGGAACAGCAUUAAGCAUAGUCUCAGUUUCCCUUCUAGCUGUCCAGAGCUUGUCUGAUAUAUCACCUUUGUUCCUCACUGGUUUGCUGGAGGCAGUGGUAGCUGCCCUUUUCAUGAAUAUCUAUAUUGUUGGACUGAACCAGUUAUUCGACAUUGAGAUAGACAAGAGCUUUGGCCUUGGAUGGGCUGUUGGAUCACAACCUCUGUUUUGGGCUCUUUUCAUAAGCUUUGUUCUUGGGACUGCAUAUUCAAUCAAUCUGCCGUACCUUCGAUGGAAGAGAUUUGCUGUUGUUGCAGCACUGUGCAUAUUAGCAGUUCGUGCAGUGAUUGUUCAGCUGGCCUUUUUUCUCCACAUUCAGACUUUUGUUUUCAGGAGACCGGCAGUGUUUUCUAGGCCAUUAUUAUUUGCAACUGGAUUUAUGACGUUCUUCUCUGUUGUAAUAGCACUAUUCAAGGAUAUACCUGACAUCGAAGGGGACCGCAUAUUCGGGAUCCGAUCCUUCAGCGUCCGGUUAGGGCAAAAGAAGGUCUUUUGGAUCUGCGUUGGCUUGCUUGAGAUGGCCUACAGCGUUGCGAUACUGAUGGGAGCUACCUCUUCCUGUUUGUGGAGCAAAACAGCAACCAUCGCUGGCCAUUCCAUACUUGCCGCGAUCCUAUGGAGCUGCGCGCGAUCGGUGGACUUGACGAGCAAAGCCGCAAUAACGUCCUUCUACAUGUUCAUCUGGAAGCUGUUCUACGCGGAGUACCUGCUCAUCCCUCUGGUGCGGUGAGCGCGAGGCGAGGUGGUGGCAGACGGAUCGGCGUCGGCGGGGCGGCAAACAACUCCACGGGAGAACUUGAGUGCCGGAAGUAAACUCCCGUUUGAAAGUUGAAGCGUGCACCACCGGCACCGGGCAGAGAGAGACACGGUGGCUGGAUGGAUACGGAUGGCCCCCCCAAUAAAUUCCCCCGUGCAUGGUACCCCACGCUGCUUGAUGAUAUCCCAUGUGUCCGGGUGACCGGACCUGAUCGUCUCUAGAGAGAUUGGUUGCACAACGUCCAACAUAGCCCGUAGGUAUUGCUACCACUGCUAGUAUGAUACUCCUUCCUAGUCCUUGCCAGCACCAGUGACCCAAACUUGGUCGGCUGAGCUCAGCGCUCAGCAGCUUUACGUGCAUCUGCGCCUUGACUUGUGCAGUGGGCGUCGCUAGCAUGAAUGAUGUAUGGUGCGUCACGGCCUGACGGUUCGUCAGUCUGGGCCGUGUUUUGUGUCCGAGGAAGAUCGUCUGUCAGAGA